CUAUAUACAAUAGUUUUAGCGAAAUAUUUUAAACUUAUAUCCAAUAUUUUUAGCUCACUAUCUUAACUGUAUAUCCGAUACUUUUAGCGAACUAUUUUAACCAUCUAUCCGAUAUUAUUAUCUACCUAUUUAAUUGUAUAUAUCCGAUACAUUAAGCGAACUAUUUUAACCAUCUAUCCGAUAUUUUUAUCUACCUAUUUAAUCGUAUAUAUCCGAUACAUUAAGCGAACUAUUUUAACCAUCUAUCCGAUAUUUCUAUCUACCUAUUUAAUCGUAUAUAUCCGAUACUUUUAUCGAACUAUUUUAACCUCAUAUUUGAUGACUAUUUAAAGUCUGUUGAGGACGGGUGUGGUGAAUAUGUUUUAAAAACCAAUGGCUAAUAUCAGAACAGGAGGCAAAUAGGAAAAAAAGUUGAUUUUUAUGAUCAUUCUUUGGAUUUUUUAUUGAUUUGGAUACAGUUCCUAUAUCUGUAAAGUCCUUAAAUUGCUUAUUUCCCCACUGGUUUAGGUUAAUAAUUAUCAAGCUGCAGUCUUAUCAGGAGAUUUAAGGCGGUGUCGGAGCUCUAAUGAGGCCGACAGCUCACAACAUGCUAAUGUACUCAUUUGAAUUGGCUGACAUUUCCACUUUUUCCAAAUGGAGAGAUUCGCAGACUGAGAAAUUCACUUAAAAUGUUUGUUCUGGCUUGGAGACGCAGCAGCUCUCUGCGAGAAAUGGAAGAAAUCACUUGUGCACAGUCACUGAUUCUCUCUCUGUUUAUAUGUGUGUGUUAAUGUGUGUGUGUUAAUGUGUGUGUGUUUAUGUGUGUGUGUGUGUCCUCAGUUCCACGGAGGUAGACGAUAUGAUCCGCAAGUCGACCAAUCUGCUGUUGACCAGAACCCUCAGCCACUGUCUGCAGUACGCCAUUAAAAAGAAGAAUGUCGGGCUGGCAGAGUUGGUGCAGGUGAUCAUAAACACCACCCACCUGGAGCAGAGCUGCCACUUCCUGGAGGAGUUCAUAUCAAACAUCACAAACGUCCCGCCGGACACGGCCAACGCCACCAAGCUGUACGGGACCUCCACCUUCAAGGACGCGCGCCACGCGGCCGAGGCGGAGAUCUACACCAACCUGAACGCUAAGAUCGACCAGUUCCUGCAGCUGGCUGAUUAUGAUUGGAUGGCGGCGGUGCAGGGGGGCGGGACUCUGGACGCCAGCGACUACCUGAUCGACCUGAUCGCCUUCCUGAAGAGCACCUUCAGUGUGUUCACCAACCUGCCUGGUAAAGUGGCCCAGACGGCCUGCAUGUCGGCCUGUAAACACAUCUCCACCUCCCUGAUGCAGCUCCUCCUGGACCCGGAGGUGCGUCAGAUCUCCAUGGGAGCUCUGCACCAGCUCAACACCGACGUCAACGAGUGUGAGAGUGAGUGUCCACCUUUAGUUUUUAAUAUAUAAUAUAAUGUUCAUAGCUUUCCCCUCCUCCCUUUGUCCUUCAUGUCCUUCUUUGCAUCCUUUUUUCUCCUCCUCUGCUCUUUCAAUCUCUCCUUUUUAACUUCUUAAGAGGUGGAAUAAGUAUUCAGAGCCUCUAGAAUAUUAAUACCACACUGUAAAAAGAAAAGAAAACAAAAAAAAGAAAGUAAAAACAGACAAAACAGAAACUAAAAAAAGACUAAAAAUAAAAAACUAAACUAAAAAAUAAAUCAAAGCAGAAAAAAAAGAAACUAAAAAAAUUAAUAAAAACAGACAGAAAUAAACUAAAAGAGACAAAA